AUGCUUACAAGAAACAUUGGGUCGAUCAGCAGGCUUGCUGUCCGUAACAAGGUCACGACAGUUUCUCCAGAGACGCAGAGAGUUGUCAACCAGCUUUCUGUCUUGUCUGCCUCCAAAAAGCAGCCCAAAGUGCUUAGGCUUUGCAAAGAAGAUUUGAUCAAACACCAGACAAUCACAAACGCUUGGAAGUUGUUCAAGCGGAAGAACGAGGAAAAGAGACACAGACAACUCGUCAAGCAGUAUGAAAGCAUAAAAACUGCCAUGAACGAAUUGAAAGAGGUGAGUCCUGAGUUAUUCGAGGCCGCCAACAAGAAGGAGUCUGUGAGAUUCCCAGUUGACAUGAGGAUACCCACAGAUUACCCACCAAACAAGCCAUGGGUUUCGUAUUACUCCAAACCAGAAUCCCAAAAAUAA